UUCGCAACCUCAGCCUCUUUAAAGAUUGUGGACUUCAACUUCCAGAAUUCCUCAAUCAUCCAUAUUGGCUGCGGAAUUCUGGGAGUUGAAGUCACACAUCUUAAAAUCGCUAAGGUCAGACUUCGAGAUUGACUUUGACGCCUCCCUUUUAGGCGUUACCACCACAUGACGUUACAUAAGGCUCUUCUUGGGGUCUCCGCCCGUCCCACAGAGCUCCCGUCCUGGGAAGGGGGCAAACCAGCGCACAAUCGGUAAUGCGUUUGUCUCUGUGUUGUCUCAAGACGGAUUCGCAGUCUAUUAUGGAAGCGAUGUGGACCUUUUGGCAACUGUUGCUGGCUGUCCCCCUUUUGAUGUUGGGCCUCUACUGUUGCUACAUUAAAGUAGUUCAUAUAAAAUACGAUCACAUCCCCGGCGCUCCAAGGGCGAGUUUUUUCUUCGGUCACUUGCCAAUCUUCUGGAGAAUGGUGAAGAACAAGGAACUGAUACAUGAUCUCUUUCUGAAGUGGGCUGAGAAAUAUGGACCAGUUAUACGUUUUAAUGCUUUUCAUAGAGUCUCAUUAAUAAUAUUAAGUCCUGAAGGAGUAAAGGAAUAUCUGAUGUCAUCACAGUAUUCAAAGGAUGCAAGGAUAUAUGGCCGACUUUACAAUAUGUUUGGUGUAAGAUUUUUAGGGAAUGGUUUGGCAACUGAUCUUGACUAUAAUCAUUGGCACAAACAGCGAAGAAUUAUGGAUCCAGCAUUCAGUCGAAAUUACUUGAUUGGUUUGAUGGAGAUCUUUAAUGACCAAGCAGAAGACCUCAUGAAAGUGCUGAAUGAAAAAGCAGAUGGAGAGACUGAAGUGGAUAUGAUGAACCUGCUCAGACGGUUGGCCCUGGACAUCAUUGCAAAGGUGGCAUUUGGCCUGGAACUAAACACGCUACACUGUGAUAAAACACCUUUUCCUCAUGCAGUUUCCAUGGUCAUGAAAGGGGUGAGCAAGGAACGAAAUCCAUUUUUCCAGUACCUGCCGAGGAAUAGAAAAGAGGUGCAGGAGAUUCGUGAAAGUGUCAGAUUGCUGCGUUGCACUGGAAAGGAGUGUAUCACACAAAGGCUCAAGGCCAUCCAGAAUGAAGAACCUGUCCCAUUAGAUAUUCUCACUCAGAUAUUGAAGAGUGCAGAUCAGGAGGAAUCUGACGAUGAAAAUAUGAUAGACAACUUUCUCACCUUUUUUGUUGCAGGUCACGAUACCACUGCCAAUCAGUUAUCUUUUACUAUCAUGGAAUUAGCACGGCACCCAGAAAUAGUUACAAAACUUCAGGCAGAAGUCGAUGAAGUCAUUGGUGUGAAGAGGGACAUUGUCUAUGAAGAUCUCAGGAAACUGGAAUAUUUAUCACAGGUUCACAAAGAAAUCCUACGGUUAUACCCACCAGUUCCAGGCACUAUGCGCUGGACAGAGAAGAAAAAUGUAAUUGAAGGAAUUGACAUUCCAGCAAAUACCACUCUAUUUUUCAGUACCUAUAUCAUGGGACGCAUGGAAAGAUACUUCAAGGAUGCUCUGACCUUUGAUCCUGAUCGAUUUAGCAAAGGCAAAUCAAGACCUUAUUUUUCCUAUUUCCCAUUUUCGCUGGGACCUCGUUCAUGUAUUGGACAGCUAUUUGCUCAGGUGGUGGGUCCGUCCAUGCUGGCGCUGAGACUGGGGUCCGGCGAGGUUGGACGGCAAGGCCAGGUGCUGGCGGAGGAGGAGGGGUGGACCGCGUGGAGCGAGAUGGAAGCUAAAGUGCUGAUGGCCAAAUUUCUGCAGAGGUUUGAAUUUGAGCUGGCUCCACCACAGAGCUUUAAAAUUCUAGAUAUGGGAACCUUGAGACCACUUGAUGGUGUAACAUGCAGAUUGAAACCACGACAUCAAUUUAAUUUUUAAAAAGAGGAAAUACUGUCAUUUGGGCAUUUAUGUUCACAAUAUUUUUUAAACUGAACUAGAGUGUACUACAGAGCAUUUUAAACAGCAGUUGAAAGGUUGGUUAUGGUGUUUACAAAAACAAUCAUGUCAUGAAGGGGAACAGAUACUGGUCUGUACAUGCAGUUUGGCUUAAUAACUGGAUAAGUCUAGGCACCAGGCUCUGUCUCUCUUUUCCAAAGAUGUUCUGUGGUUGCCCGCAGUGGAUGAUUGGGGGUGGUACUGGAAAACGAUUCCAAGGGCCUUCUGGGUAGGCCUGAGCUUUAGGAGGAUUCCCCUUGGAGUGAAAGAUGGAGAACAAAAGAAAAAAAAAAA